AUGGCGACAAGGAAUUUGUUCGACCAGUUCAUCCUUCUGCACAAGGACUACGUCAGGGCCUCGCCCUCGACCCCGACCGCCGCCUUCGGCGCCACCACGGCGCUCCGUCGCCCCUUGCCGUCGCCGGCGUCGCUCGACGCCCUGACGCCCCGUCCUCCACCUCGACCUCCCCGACUGGAUCUGGGCCGCACCCCGGGCGCCCCCGACGCCGUCGCCGCACACCGUCUCUGCCUCAUCCCGCCACUGCUUCGCCGUCGCCACCCCGUCGCCGCUGGACCUCGUCGUCCACGUCCUCAGCCCCGACGACCGCGCACGUCACUGCCCUCGCCGGAUUCGUCAAGCCCCUCCUCGCCGGGCUGCCUCCUCCACGCCGCCGUCGUCCUCGUCUACCUCCCCGAGCCCCGCUGCCCUGGACCCUACCCCCCGCGGUGUGAGGCCCGGCCUCCACCUCCCCUCUCUCCCGCGCCUCACGCCCGCUCCGACCACCGCCUUGCUCCGCCGCUCGCCGCACUGGCUCCGCCACGCUACUGCUGCCCCGCCGUACGCGCGCGGACGACACCGCCCCUGCCUACGGCUGCUACGUCCGUGGCCGCCGCUGCCCGUUCCCUGCCGCGGCUCUGCUCCGGCCAGGCCGCCGCACGCCGCCGUGGCCUCGCCGGCGCCCACGCGCCCGCUCCGGCCCCGUUCCGGCCUCGCCGGCCCUGGCCGAGGCCCCCCCCGGCUACGCGGCCGUGCCCACCCGAGGCCACGGCCUCGCCCCCGAUGGGCGCCUGCAACCGCGCCCUAGACCCACACCCGUAA